AUGACUAGGUCAUCAAAUUACCAAUCAAAGAUAGAAUCUGUUUCGGAUACUUGGAGUGUCUACAUUAUUUACAACGAAAAAAAGUCAAAGGUUUUCGUUGGAACCACCCGAGAUUUUAAGGACCGACUUAAAAAACACAAUACUCUCGAAACUGAAGUUUGGUUUCCGGUCUUUGCCAUUACAGGAUUCCAUAAUAACAAGGAAGCACUAGAUUUUGAGGCGAACGUAAGAGCUUUGGCCAGAAAAAGAGAAUUCACCGAAUAUGCAACAUUAUAUCCUGGUCAAUGCCCCCCAUUGGUAUUAAAGCGUGUCCUUGCAAUUAGAUGUUUGUUGUGCGAAUAUGAUUUUUGUUGGAGAGCCCCAAGAGGAAAAAAACGCCGUUAUGUGUUACAUUGGGGAAGUUUUAUGGUUAGAGACCAAAGACAAACAGAAACAUUGAAAAAUUGCCCUUGGUCAAGGAUUGGAAGAUUUGUAAAACAUAUGGAAUUGGAUUUAAGCGAAGAUUGUCCUCCCGCAUCUGAAAUCGAUUCUUCAAACGUUUCAGACACUUCUACGCCCGAACACAUCAGCAUUAGAAAGCGAAAAGCUGUCGACGAAGAUGUCGACAGCACCGAUCAAGAAGAAACAGACAGAAACGUUAAAGUUACUAAAUGCGAUAGUGAGGAUUCUUAA